AUGCCUCCUCUCAGACAGCCCAAACUCGAGCCUUUACCGCCUGGUAUCGACCUCACCAACAAAACAGCCAUCGUCACAGGCGCAACAGCCGGCAUUGGUCUCGAACUCUCUCGCCAACUCCUCAGUCUCAAUCUAUCGAAUUUGAUACUCGGAGUUCGGAAUAUCUCCAAGGGCGAAAAAGUACGAACGGCAAUUUCGGCUAUCAAUUCCAAAGCUGUUGUCCAAGUGAUGAAGCUCGACAUGACGGACUACGCUAGUGUGAAGGCUUUCGCUGAGACGUUUACGAGCAAGCAUGGGAAACUCCAUUUACUGAUGUUGAACGCUGGUAUAAGUGACAUUAACUUUGAACUUGCACCUACUGGGCAUGAGAAGAACCUUCAGGUUAAUUACCUGUCUAAUGUUCUCUUGACUCUGCUUCUUCUGCCUACUCUUGAACAUACCGCUGAGCUUGAGGGAGCACCUACACGCAUUACAUGGACAGGAAGUCGCAUGUAUUUACAAACAAGUCUCGCUAGCAAAGUCCCCCUUAAGAAAAACGAAGGAAUAUUUGCACACUUCGACGCACCAGGCGUCGUCCCCCCUCUCACCCGCUACGGCGACACAAAGCUUCUCGUUCUUCUCUUCCAACACGAACUCGCGAAUCGCUAUCCUCCAAAGAAAGUCACCAUCAACCACUUCUGCCCUGGUAUGGUUGACACAUCUCUGACAGAUAUUCUCCCUGUUUAUAUCCGCCUUCCAGCGCUGCUGCUGAAAGCUCUGCGUGCGAGAUCGGUCGACAAGGCGGGUUGGAUCGGAUUGCAUGCUGCGCUUGUAGUGGGUGAAGAAACGCAUGGAAAGCUGUUGGGGGAUAAGGAGGUUGCGGAUUUGGGUGAUUUUGUACCGUCGGAGGAGGGAAUGAGGAUAAGGAAGUUGUUGUGGGAGGAGACUGUUGAGGAGAUGAGAGGGUUGACACAAGUGCCUUCGUGGAUGGAAUGA